AUGGCUAGUCAUGGCACCACCACACACAGGCCAGCCACCACUUCUCCAUCUCCCACCAUCUCCCGGGACGAUGAACCCGAGGAAUCAAUUCAAAAAUAUCUUAACAGAUUCAAAUCCACAAGCCCUUUUAAUAUCCCUUCUACCCCAGAAUCAGCUGCAGUUAGAAUCAUCAAGAACUUGGAGAAAUUCAGUUUGUACUAUUCAAUAUUUGUAUGGACUGUCCUCUUCAUCACCCUUAUCCCACGGCGCAAGGUUUCGUUGAUCCUUUUGGUAGCCAUGACAGAAGUGACCUUCUUAUACUUUCUGUUACUGCGUGCUUUGCCCAGUUCUGUUGUGCUUCAUAAGAUCAUUGGCAAGCGAGUCGUGCUGUUUCUGCUGUUUAUGAUCACAUCUGUCGAGCUGAUCGUUACUGGUGCUUUCGUUCAUCUGUUCGUGACUCUUUCUGCAACUAUACCUAUUGUUAUACUUCAUGCAGUGUUAAGCAAAAGAGAUGAUGUGUUUGUGAACGAGGGCAGGGGUGAUGGGGAGUUGGUACGACUUGUGGAAGAAAGAGUUAGUGAUGCUGAUCGUGAGAAUUUGGUGUGA